GCUAAUUACUCAACUACUUUGUAAGUGCAUACGUACAUACAUACGUACGUUCGUCGUCAUCCUGCCUGCCCAUUAUUAGCCUGCCUGCAAUUACAAAAUAAAAAUAAAAACAGAAACACAAAAAAAAGGAGAAAAAUCUGUUAUAAAUAGUAGUCAAAUAACUACUCAGCCAACGACAAAAGCAACAACAUCCGACUCAGAAGCGCUUCAAUCAAUUCAAUUCAGCCAUCAAUUCAUCUAUUCAUAGCCGUAUUCUACUUGGACGAGUACGCGUUUAAAUAGUGUGCGUGCGCGCCUAGUGCUGGCUGUCCAUCUUGUCUAUACUUGUAGUAACAUUCGCGACUACUCUUUCAACUCACUCGCAUUUGCGACCUUCAGAUCGCAAAAACUUUGGCAUUUAUUGCCAUUAGCCAGCUUCUUUGUCCACAGUUCGUCGUUAAACGUGCAAUGGCAACAUGGAUAACGAGCAGCCUCAUCAGGAAUUAGUCAAGUGUGUUUUGGUCGGUGAUACUGCCGUGGGGAAGACACGUUUAAUUUGCGCACGCGCAUGCAAUAAGCAUGUUUCGCUGUCACAGCUGCUAUCGACACAUGUGCCUACAGUGUGGGCCAUCGAUCAGUAUCGAAUCUAUAAGGAUGUGCUUGAGCGCUCCUGGGAGGUAGUGGAUGGUGUAAAUGUCUCGUUACGACUCUGGGAUACAUUUGGUGAUCAUGACAAGGACCGAAGAUUCGCUUAUGGACGGUCAGAUGUCGUACUGCUAUGCUUCUCCAUUGCCAGCCCAAUAUCGUUGCGCAAUUGCAAGGCUAUGUGGUAUCCGGAAAUACGCCGUUUCUGUCCAGACGUACCCGUCAUAUUGGUAGGAUGCAUUAUGGGUUGA